GCAAAGGUGAGCGUUUGCAAAGGUCUGCGUGAAAUAUAGAAUAAUGCACGAAGCGGUGAACACCGCUCUGUCUUUCAUCCCCUCGCUCUCGCCACGGAAAAGUGUGGGUGACACUCGGCAUCAACUGAGGGAGGGAGGUGUGGUGUGGUCAGUGUGUGGGAGGAGGCCAUUUUAAGCUGCUGAGUGGUUCCUUGUGGCAGCAGAGAGGGAGGGGAGAGGCGGACUUUGAGUGAGUGUGGAUUGCGAAUUUCGUGAAUGCGGUUGUGCAGGAGUGCGCAGCAGACAGGCAGGCACCUUGCCACACACGGAUGUGCGCAGGGCUGGGCUGUGUGUGCAGAGAGGGAGGGAGGGAGGGGGCGUGCACUGCGCAUGUGCCUCUCUCUCUCUCUCUCUGUGUGUGUGUUUGUGUGUGUGUGUGUUUCUGUCUGUCUGUCUGUCUGUCUGUUGGAAUAGGCAGGCAGGACUCCGCUUAUGGAUCCAUCCAUCCAUCCGUCCACCGUCCAAGAUUCCCAAUCGAACGAGCAGGCAAAAUCUGCACAGACGCGUAAAAAACCCUCGUCGCUGGCCCGCUCAGCUCGCUACGCGCCCACUUCAUUCCUCAGACUCUCUCUCUCUCUCUCUCUCUCUCCAUCCAUCCAUCAACAGCCAGCCACAGAGGGCAAAUUGUCAUAGGGCUGGCUGCUGAAUACCCGCCUCUCUCUCGGCCCGUCGGCCGACCGAUCACUCAGAGGAGUGACUCUCCGACCUUCUCCUUGAGCAGGUUGGUGCCGAAGAGGAGCUCCUGCACGAUCAUGCCGGUGAUGGCGAUCAUCGCCAGGCGGCCGUUCUUGAGCUCCUUCAGCUGCAGCUUCUCGUAGUCCUCCUCGUCCUCGGGAAUGAACCGAGCACCGAAGCCCAGAUCGCCCGGCGCGCUGACAACCACACACACACACACACACACACACAGAGCAAUCGAUUCCCGAAAGGUGCCCAAUGGGGGCGGCCAUUGAUGUGCCGUUCAUUGUGGGCUCGUGUGCGCACUUCUCGAGGGAUUGCCUGCCGGGCCCCAGCUCGAUGGCCACGACGGCCGCCAGGAUCUGCAGCAGCGCCUCGGGCCGCUCUUGCCACACCUUCACCACCUGCACACACACACACACACACACACACCACCGCACACACACCACCGCACACUGAUCCACCCAUCAGUGAGGGGUGUGACGGAUAAUGACGGACGCACCUGCUUGAGCGGCAGGUCCUCUGAAAGGAACAGGGGGUCCGGCAGCCGCAGUGGCGUCUGCUGGAUGAUGUACCCCAGCGCCGCAAGCAUCGCAAGACGACCUGCAACACCACAGUCACCACAAUCAGCGGCACACCCCCACUCCCCACUCCACUCACUCACCGUGCUUCAGCUCAAUCGCCCUGUACUUGUAGAGGUUCUGCUCCUUCCCCAGGUUCAGAGGGUCGAACACGAAAGGGAUCUCCACAGACACGCCAACGAGAUCCUCCACAGCCAUCUGUGGCGUUUGCCGCGCUCGCAGAGCAGGCUGCCGAGAGGCAGCCGGCGUCCUGAGAGGCGCGGUGGGCACGAACGCGGCCGUUUCAUCGCCUGCGUGACAUUUGGUUGCCAAGCAUCGAAGCAACCAGAGAAUCGGAUCAAUGAAUGAGUGUUUCUGUUGCCAUUCUCUCUCUACCGUACCGUAGGCGGCUGCGAUGAGCAGGAGCGAGGCGACGGCGAAGCACUUCAUGAUCUUCUUGCUCUCGGCGAGGGAAGCAGCGGCAGUGCUCGCAGCUUGAUUCGGUGCUCUAAAAUCGGCGUGAAACUUCAUUGAUUGCUCGUGAGCUCGCGCUGCGUUCUCCAUCU